AUGAUCACCAACGAAGAUCAUUGCAUCUAUGGUAGUCAGCAUCGUGAAAGUGGUGCUCUUCCUGGAGAUGUUGAAGAGGUUUCAAUCGUUUUUGGCCAAAGUUCUGGGAUUAAUGGUCGACUCCAUCAAAGGUGGACGGCUUGUUGGGAAAAUCAGACUUUGCCAGCGAGACCUGGGAGUCCAACACUGGUCUCUAAAAGAGUACAAAAAUUGGUUCGUCAAUUUGAAGAAGAUAUGGAAACGAUAAAAGAAGUAGGCGAAGUUUCCGCUACCCUCUCAGCGGUUUUUCAUGCUAGCAUCAAUGCUGUCAGCAUCUUCAUGCAUGGUGUUAUUGUCUUCAUGCAUGCUGAAUGGAAUGAGACGAUCGAUGAAUGCGCUCGACCUCUUUCGGAGGCUUUAAAAACUGAGGACUCGUGGACCCGAAGAGUUCUGACGAUAAAAUCUGGAGUUCACAAAGCAACGGGGAGAACCUGGAAGAGCGUCUCCGAUGAGCGAUUUCAGCAAUCCGUUGAGGGUGAAGAACUCCUUAAUGUCACAGAAACGCUCGAUGAAGAAUCUGGAGAAACGAAACGACAUCGAUUCCAUAGAAGAGAGCGGGACGGAACAGAACGCACUGAAGUCCGGAUGUCGACGAUCGACGGAGGAAGGACUGUUCUUGUGACUGAUGAAUGGUGUCGUAAUUCUGAAGGAAUGAAAUGGGGGAAAAAAUCUGGAACAGGAGCGGAGUGUGUUUUUCAUCACGAUAAUUCGAAUCCCUCUUUUCUGUUGUGUAGUGAUGAUGAAUGGCACUCAACGUGGUUCGAACGGCCUAACGGGGAUCGUGAGGUUGUGGAAUGGAAGCGAGGGGUCGAAGGAGUUCGUGGAGAGAAAUCGGGUUUCAGUCAUAAUGGAGAGAGUUACGACGAAAGAUGGGAAACACUUGAGCAUCCAGUUGGGACUCAAUUAGAACGGCGCUCUUAUAGCGAUAAAUGGUGGAGUGGGAAAGGAGAUCAGAAAUGGGGUGAAAAAAGCUUAAAACUUGAGAAGAUAGAUGAGGAUUCGGUGAUGAUGGAAAGUCAUGUUGUUCGAGAGAAAUGGUACGACAACACGGUAGAAAAAUCAGUUGAUAACUGGAAAGUUGAUAAGGAGUUCGAGAAGACGAAAGAAGGGACUAGCAUACCUGUCCGUCUGGUGGAGCAUGGGUACAAACUUGGCGAUCGCUAUGCUGAUGGAACUGAAUGGGGAGAACAUUGGGGACGUGUUUAUGAAAAAGGAGAAUUAGAAGGAAAGAAUUUAGAAGAGAUUGAAAGCCCACGUUGUGAUGAAUCUGAAGGUGUUCAUGGCGUUGUGUUGAGGAUGCGACAUCAGGACAAAUGGUGGAGAGAAACGAAUGGGAAUAAAUGGGGAGAAAAGAGGUUUGUCGAUUUGAAGUUGAACGAAGAACGAAAUGAGAAUUGGUACAACAAUGGAAAGGAAGAACAGGUCGAUAGAUGGGAAAUCAGUGAAGGUGGGAUACGUCAUGGAGAAAAAUUCGGCAAAGCUGUUGAUGGAUCGCGCGAAUGGAGAGAAAAGUGGUCGGAGAAGAAUGAUGACUUCUGGAUUGAUAAACAUUGGACUGAACAACAAGAAGGAGGAAGGAACGUGCGAUGGGGAGAAGUGGAAGGAAAAGAGGGAGGGAAGAAAUGGAGACAGAAAUGGGGCGAGGAUAAACAUGUUGAUUGUGAUGCUGGUCAUCGAUAUGUUGAGAAAUGGGAUGAUGAUGGAUUUGGGAAUAUAAAAACACUAAAAGAAGGUGAAGAUUGGGUAGAUGGAAGAACAGUCAACUGGUUUUCCGAUCGCUACGGAGAGAGUUUGGGUAAAGGAGAGAAGUGGGCGGUGAAGGAGGGAACGACUGGUGACGGUGAUGCGUGGAUGGAAAAAUGGAACGAAUCUCCAGACGCCAAAAGCGCAGAGAAGACUGGAAAGAAUAAGCUUGGUGAUGAGUGGAAAGAAAUUUGGAAGGAAACCAUUGAAAGCGAUAAGAAAAUCAAAUGGGCUGAAAAAACGGGAAAAAAUCCGAAUGGAGAAGAAUGGCUUGAAACGUGGUGGGAAGAAGGAGAUGAAAAGAAAUUUGCUAAAAAGAUCGGAAAAAAUAACUCUGAGGAAUGGAAGGAGGAAUGGGGAGAAGAAAGCCAUCCCAACGGAUCUGGGGAGAAAUGGACGUCAAAAUGGGCCCGAAACCGGACAACUGGAGAAGCUAGAGGAGAGUCGUGGGGUGAUACAUGGAACGGUGAUGCUGGUGGACAUCAUUGGGGCGAAAAAUGGAACAACGAUCAAGUUGAAAAGUGGUGGAAGGAUUCUGCAGGAAAGCCAGACGGAUAG